GAACCGGUAUCGCGCGGUAGUUUGACGUUUGCAGUCUGCGCGAGCGCUCGCUUGUGACCAUUACGUUGUGGAAAAAAGUGAAAUUUGAUUGAUUAACUAUGGAAUGGUGUAGAACGGAAGAUGGACGAUACAGAAUAGAGUCCCUGUCAGCUGCUACUUUCCCGGGAGCUUUAGAAGUUGUGAGAAACGCCUUUUGCCAAGACGAAGUAAUAAGUAGAAGCUCGGAAAUUAAUAAGAAUCCGUUAGCAGCCGAAGAAUUGUUGGAACUGUGCGCAGACACAGCAUUAGACGGUGUAUCAUUAGUGGCAAUUGAAAACACUACUGGAGAAGAAGUUGCUGUUGCAUUUAAUAAAUUGCAGGUACCUGCAACUAACGCUUCGGAGAAGACAUUCUUUGAAAUAUUCACAGAGGAAAGAUGUACCCAAGAUUCAUCUCGUUCACUAAUCAAUUUCAUGGCCGAUGUUGAUGGACGAUGCAAUCUAUUUGAAAAGUAUGGCGUCGACUGCAGUUUGGAGCUAAUGUUCCUAGCAACAUUACGAGAAUUUCGUGAUAAAAAACUCGGCAGUAUACUUUGUAAAAUGUCCAUCGAACUUGCAAAAAAGUUGAAGAAUGGACCAGUAUCCAAGAUGACUAUUCAAGAUCUAGGUCCUAAGUAUUGUAACAUGCCAUCACGUGCUGUGACUACUAAGUACCCAAAGAUGUGCCAAGUGAUUUGGACAUCGGAAAUAAGUCAGAGAAUUGGACGGAAUCUAGGUUUUGAAGUUGUUAUAAAAGAGCCCUUGUCUAAAUUCGUUUAUAAAGGUAAAACUUUUGCUGAAAGAAUUGGUGAUGAUUCCCUAUGUUGUGAGGUUGCUGUAUUACUUCUUUAUUGA